ACAUUUUUUGUAUUGGUUUUUAUAAACAACUUUCUUCUGGUUGGUCUGCAGAAUAAUAUUUUUUAUAUUUUAUUGUUUUUCUUUUAAAUUUAUAUUCAUAAUGGUGUGUCGCUUAUGUUUAAUUGAUGCCGAAGAAAGUAUUGCUAUAUUUAGUGAGGAAAAAAUCCAACAAUAUAUAACAAAGUUUCUUCAGUUGCAGCUAUCCCCAGAUGAUCCGGUUUCGAAAGAGAUAUGCGCUCGUUGUUGGCACCAAUUGGAUAAUUUUCAAAAUUUUUGUCUAGAAGUAGAGCAAGCUCAAAAAACUCUUAAUGCUUCUUUAUCGGAAUCAAAAGAAAAUAAUAAGUUGUCGGAUAAUGAGUGGUCGCAGUUUGCUCUGGAAACUUCAAGUACUGCGCCAAAUAAUUUGGAUCAUUUUAAGAAAGAUCUAGAGGAAGAAUCUGAUGAUGAUUGUCGUGACAAUGAUGAAGCAUUGUACUGCCCGAAUGUAGAAAUUUCUUCAGUUGAAGUGCCCAAUGAACAAACACUAGAAUCCACAUCGCCAACUUGUGCUCCUGAAACAAAUGAAAAUGUUCCAAAAAGAAGACUCACUCGACGAUCAGCGAUUCAAAACUAUCAAUGCGAUGAUAUUCCCGGAAUGGAGCCUGUAAAAAAGAAACGUGGACGACCUAAAAAGAGAGAAGUUGAUAUUUCGAAUAAGGAAGUUGAAACUCCUGAUGGAGAACUAACAAUCCCAAAGCAAGAAUCAAUCGAAUCAAAAGAAGACAUUUCUGAUUUGAACAACAUAACACCUGAGCCAGAUGGAAAGAAAAAAAGAGGUCGACCAAGAAAAAGCGACCAAGGUCCACCAAAAGAGAAAAGACCCAGAUCCGAGCAAUGUAAAAAAAUGUUGCAAACUGCCAAAGAAUUUGAUGAAAUUAUUCAGAAAAACAUGAAUCUAUCGUGUAACAUGUGUCAGGUUAGGCUUAUUGACUUUGCUGAAUUGAAACGACAUUUUCGAGCCGUCCAUAAACGUCGUGGCUAUGCUGUUUGUUGCAAUAAGCGACUAUUUAAACGUGGCCUAGUUGUGGAUCAUAUUAAUGUUCAUAACAAUCCAGAACAUUUUAAAUGUACAAAAUGUGGAAAGAUUUUGGCUGAUAGAAUGUGUUUACGAAAUCAUGAUCUUUUGUUCCAUCAAACUGAUGAAGAAAAAACAUUUAAAUGUCCUUAUUGUCCCAAAAAAUAUGCCAAACAGUAUCUCUUGGAUCAUCAUUCUGUUAAACAUGUGCCCCAGGAUGAAUGUACCUUCUUUUGUGCUGAAUGUGGAAAAGGAUUUCCCACAAAUUCUACUUUAACCAAACAUAUUAAUCAAAUACAUUCCACAAUGUAUGACAAAAUGUGUGAAAUCUGCGCCAAACUUAUUCGAGGAAAUGCCAAUUUCGAUCGUCACAUGGAAGAGCAUGAGGGCAUUGUUCAGCCUCAAGUGCAAUGUACGCUAUGUGGUUCAUGGUUGAAGGAUAAAAAUAGUCUUCGAAAACACAUGUACAAACAUGAUGGUAAAACAUACACCUGCAAUGCUUGUGGCAAGAUAGCACCAACGAAAAGUGCUCUUCAAAGUCACAAGAGAUAUGUGCAUGAUUUAUCGCCAAAGUUCCAUUGUACAUAUUGUGAUAAAUCAUUUAAAAAGGCAGUUAAUUUAAAAGAACACAUGACAACACAUACCGGGGAGGUACUUUACACAUGUCCACACUGUCCAAAGACAUUCAAUUCGAAAGCGAAUAUGCACUCGCAUCGCAAGAAAAAGCAUCGAGAAGAAUGGGAAGCAAAUAGGCGUUAUCCUAAAAAAGAAAUGAAAACUGAAGUAACAUAAAGAAUGUCAAUGAAAGAGUUUGUGUUUAGUUUUAUAUUAUUGUAUAAUGUAUAUUCCAUUUAAUAUCUACAUACGUAGUUUUAUGUUAAAAGUUAAA